CAAAUAUCAGAAGAAGAAGAUGAUUGAAUGGAAGAGGACAGUUGUAAACAGACCUGACGAUUUUGCACAGGUUUUGAUUUGCAAACGUUGGCUUGAAAUCUGGUCUGCAUUAAUAUGAAGCCUGUGAUCAAAAAUGAAGAGUCUCUUCAGGGAGAUCCAGAGUCCAAAUCCACUAAUAAUGAUGUAGAAACUUUGGUUCUGAGUAAAACAGAAGGAUCGGCUGCUCUCUUUUGCAGACGGCUGAAAUAUCGAGUAAAAACUGAUCAAACAUCAGAUCAAAGUUCAUCAGAUACUGACACAGAAGAUGAGCUUCCCAUCUCCACAUCUCCAACCCCUGGUGAAGACUUAAUCUGUAAGCUGUGUGGCUCUGAGUUUGGUAGUAACAUAAGUAUGGUGCGUCACAUGCGAAUACACACAGGAGAGACGCCGUACAUCUGUGAAGUCUGUGGGAAAGGGUUCAAACGUCAAGGUUGGCUUAAAGAACACUUUCGUGUCCAUACUGGCAACAAACGCAAGCGGGAAAAGAGAUUGAGCUGUGAUCAGUGUGAGAUGAAGUUUAAUAGCUCCACUGCUCUCCGAAGCCAUUUAAAUAAGCACAGAGGCGAGAGGCCGUUCGCCUGCGUUCAGUGUGACAAAACCUACUUCAAUCAACAUGAUCUUAAUCAACACCUCAGAGACUGUCAUUCAGAUAAAAAGCACGGCUGCUAUUUGUGUGGAAAUGAAUUCACACGCCAGUCUUCACUGCAGAAACACAUGCGGAUCCACACAGGAGAGAGACCGUACUCCUGUCCACACUGUGGGAAGACUUUCUCCUAUAAACACAGCAUGAAAAUGCAUGUUAAAGGUGCUGUAUGUAGGAGUGACAGCUGAGAUAUUGUAGUACAAAUAUAAAAUAUUGGAGUUUUGUUUUUUUCACUUGAUCCCUCCUGAUGACUCCACGGAAGUCGCCAGAUUGACAACAGUCGAGUCUGUUUGUAUUUUGUAGAUUAUUUGUUAAUUAAAAACCACCUUGUGGGUUU